AUGGGUUCUAUACAGUUUGACGCCCCACAGCCUGAGGUUUGCGAUGUCAUUGUAGUGGGAGGAGGAAAUGCUGCGUUGGCAGCGGCGUUGUCAGCUCAUGAGAGCGGCGCACAUGUUGUCCUUCUUGAAGCGGCGUCCCGGGAAGAGCGUGGCGGCAACAGUCGCUUUGCGGGCACAGCGUUCAGAGCAUCCCAUCGAGGUCUGGCUCACGUCAAGACUGUUCUGUGCGAACAGGCACUUGAAGAUGCUGAGCGCUGUUCCAUGUCCCCCUACACGGACGAAGACUACCGGCAUGACCUCCAGUCGACAUCGCACGGUCGCAAUGAUCCGGUCAUGUCUGAGAUCAUGAUCCGGGACGGCUGGGAAACGAUCGAAUGGAUGAAAAGCAAAGGAGUCCAUUGGGAAACGACCUUGCGCAAGUACUACAACGUCGAUACUCAGAAGGGAAUCAUCAUUGAGCUGAUGAACGGCGCUCCAGUGAAGGCUGUGGGCGAUGGGGAGGGGCUGAUUCGAGACUGGUACCACGCCGUGGAAAAGGCGAACAUUACGGUCAAGUACGAUUGUCCGGCACAUGAGCUCCUCGCGUCGGGGGACACCGUCUACGGUGUCAGGACUCGACAGGCGGACAAGUACGUCGACUUCCACGGGCAGGUCAUUCUGGCAUGCGGUGGGUUUUCGGCCAAUCCAGCCAUGAGGCGGCAGUACCUCGGUGAGGGCUGGGACUUGGUACCUGUUCGAGGCACCAAGCACAACACAGGAACCAUGCUCCGCCGGGCCAUCGAGGCCGGGGCACGACCGGUAGGACAUUGGGGAGCGGCUCAUGCUUCACCACAGGACAUCGAUGCCCCUCUGAAUGGAGACAUCACCAAGACGCCGGUAAUCCCCCGUUACUCCUAUACCUACGGGAUCAGCGUCAACGUCGAGGGGAGGCGAUUUUUCGACGAAGGCGAAGACGAGUUUGCACUAACCUACGCGAAAAUUGGGAAGAUGAUAGGCGAUCAGCCUCGCGCCAUUGCUUACCAGAUCUUCGACCAAAAGACCCUGUACCUUCUCCAGACACGAUAUUCUUCGGGGACCCCCAUCGUGGCCGACACAAUCCGAGAGUUGGCGAUCAAGCUGAAGAUCAACCCGACUGUCUUGGAGAGGACAGUUCGAGAAUUCAAUGACGCGUGCCCCGAUGCUGAGGCAGGCAAAUUUGAACCGCAUCACCUGGAUGGCCUCUGCACGUCUCCAUCACUAGCGAUCCCCAAAUCGAACUGGGCGUUGCGCCUGGACCAGGGCCCGUUUGUGGCGUAUGGUGUGACCUGCGGCAUCACCUUUACCUACGGUGGCAUUGCCACUGAUGAGAGGGCUAGAGUGUUGAGCAAUGAAGGCAGGCCAAUGCCAGGACUAUACUGCACUGGUGAAAUAGCAGGCGGCGUCUUCUAUCACAAUUACGCCGGCGGCGCAGGUCUGACGAAGGGUGCCGUGUUCGGACGAAUCGCUGGUCGGGAGGCUGCUUUGCGAGCGAAAGCUGUUGGUGGCAAGAAGGCCGCAUGCUCGUCGGCCUUGCAGAUGAGAUACAGGAAAAGUACAGGAGUACAGGGUGUUUGA